AGGGGGCGCCACAGAGGAGUCGCCGCAGGCAGCAGAGUCACUGCCCGCGCCUGUCGUUGGAAGACACGGGCUGCCCACAGCCGCCUCACACGCACCGGCGGGAAACGUGUCAGCGGGCAUGGACUUCGUCGGCUCGCUCGAACCGCUCAGCCUCCCCGGCCUGGCCCUGGCCGCGACCCUGCUGCUGCUGGCGCUGUGCCUGAGCUCCAGGCGCACCAGAAGACCUGGUGAACCUCCAUUGGUAAAUGGUUGGCUUCCUUAUCUUGGAGUGAGCCUGAAAUUCAGGAAAGAUCCCUUAGGUUUCAUCAGAACUCUUCAAAAGCAACAUGGCGACAUAUUCACCAUUCUCCUCGGAGGGAUGUACUCAACACUUAUCCUGGACCCUUUUGAAUACCAGGCAGUGAUAAAAAAUCAUAAACAAUUAAGCUUUCAAAGAUUUACUGAUAAAAUAGCACUGAAAGCAUUUUCCAUCAAGAAGAUGGUACACAAUAAUGACAUGAAUAAUGAUUUUCACUCAUGCUAUCAAUUUUUGCAGGGCAAAUCUUUGGAUAUACUCUUAGAAAGCAUGACACAGAAUAUAAAACAAAUGUUUGAAUCCCAACUAUUAAAAACAGAAAGUUGGAACAAGGCACAAUUGUUUACAUUCUGUAGUUCAAUAAUAUUUGAGAUUACAUUUACAACCAUCCAUGGAAAAGUUAUUAAUGGUGACGGGAAAAAAUUUAUCAGAGAAUUACAAGCUGAUUUUAUAAAAUUUGAUGAUAAGUUUCCAUAUUUGUUAUCUAUACCCAUUGAGCUUCUAGGAAAGGUUAAGUCUAUUCGGAAAACACUUAUAGAGUGCUUGACCUCCAAGAGCUUAGCUAAUACACAGGGACCUUCAGAAGUUUUUCAGAUGAGGCAAGAGAUCCUGGAGAAAUACUACACGCCUGAGGAGUUGGAGAAAGGAGCACAUCAUUUAGGCUUUCUCUGGGCCUCUGUGGCAAACACUAUUCCUUCCAUGUUCUGGACAAUGUAUUAUCUUCUGCGGCACCCAGAAGCUAUGGCAGCCGUGCAUGACGAAAUUGACCAUUUGCUGCAGUCAACAGGUCAAAAGAAAGGGUCUGGAUUUUCCAUCCACCUCACCAGAGAACAAUUGGACAACCUGGUCUACCUAGAAAGCUGUAUUUUUGAGGUUUUACGUCUGUGCUCAUCUUCGUGCUCCUUCCGUUUUGUUGAGGAGAAUUUGACCAUCAAUUCAGAGUCUGGGGCCUAUUGUGUACGAAAGGGAGACGCGGUGAUCAUCUUUCCAGCAGCCUUACAUAAGGACCCUGAAGUCUUUGAGGCUCCAGAGAAAUUUAAAUAUGAUCGUUUUGUGGAACAUGGUGAGAAGAAAACUGUCUUUUACAAAAGAGGGAAAAAGCUGAAGUAUUACCUAAUGCCAUUUGGAUGUGGAGCCAGCAAAUGUCCAGGCCGAUUCUUUUCAUUAAUUGAAAUGAAGGGAUUGUUGGUUGCACUGUUAACUUAUUUUGAUUUCGAAAUCAUUGACGAUAAACCUGUAGGACUAAAUUACAACCGCUCGCUGUUAGGUAUUCUGCAUCCAGAUUCAGAUGUCUCAUUUAGGUACAAGGUUAAAUCUUAGGAAAAUCAAAAAGAAAGAAAAGAAAUCGAAACUAACCUAAGUGUUCUAAGUUUAGGUAUGGUUUUUAAUUUCUGCAAAUAUAAUUGCUUUGUUUGUUUAAAAAAUGCCAGUUUCUGUUUGCUCUGAGAUCAGCCUUUUUUGUCCUUGGUCACAAAUCCUAUCAUAAAAUAAAACAGAUAGUAGCAUCAACUAAAAUAAAACAGAUAAUAAAAUCAACUUAAUAAUAUCUCAAAA